ACUGGGGGCCCGGCUUUCGCCCGCUGCUGCCCGCCGCCGCCGCCGCCGGCCGCGGCUGCUCUCCCAAGAUGGCGGCUCCUCCGGGCGAGAGUACUUCAGCGUUGGGAGCCAGGUGUCGUGCCGGACGUGCCAGGAAGCAGCGGCUGCAGGGCGAGGUGGUAGCCUUCGACUACCAGUCCAAAAUGCUGGCUUUAAAAUGUCCCUCUUCCAGUGGAAAGCCCAACCAUGCGGACAUCUUGCUCAUAAAUUUACAGUAUGUUUCAGAAGUGGAAAUAAUUAAUGACCGAACAGAAACCCCUCCUCCCCUAGCUUCACUCAAUGUUAGUAAGGGUUCCUAAAGUUGCUCUAUUUUUAUUUGGGAUGUUUUUUGCUCCAUGAUGUCAACAAAGCUGAGUUUCUUAUCUCAGUUCUCAAAGGCACCUUUUGAGAGGGGUGUUGCAUAAUCAUUCUACUAAAAAAGGGUCCCCUUCCCUAGACACUGUCUAACCCUUAGCCUACUUUAAUUUUCUUUAGCGUAAACUUACUUGACCUUAUUUGUUUGAUGUGUUUCCUACCCACAUUGUUCUGUGCAUGUCAUGAAAGAAGGGAUUUUC